AUGCGUCACAGCUCCAAACACAUCGUCUACGGCACCGAAGGUCUCGAAGUCGUCCACGACGGCCACCAUCUCGCCUCCACCGCUCCCCAGGUCCUCCCCUAUGGCUCCGAACUCGCCCAACGCGGCGCCGGUCUCGAAGUCGCCCCCGUCGGCCUGGAAGUAACACCCUACGGUUCCGAACAGGCACAACGCGGCGCAGGACUGCAGGCAGUCCAGCCGGGACUGAUACUAUGCGAUGAGGAGAAACUCGGCGGUCUGGAACGGUCCUCUUCUUCAUUAUCUUCUGCCUCCUCGGAUUCUGUGGGCAAGGAAAAGGUCCUGCCGCCAAGACCUAAAGAUGGAAGGAUCUGUGGUUUCAGGAGGAAGCCUUUCUUUGUCCUGCUUGCUUUUGCAAUUUUCAUGGUACUGGCGCUGGCGCUGGGUCUGGGUCUGGGUUUGAUGUUUGGGUUGCAGAGGGCGGCGAAUCCGACGCCUAAUCCAGUACCUACGACGACGUCAAAUCCUUCGACGAUUUCAAGUAUACUUACGACUACUGCGACGAAUAAUGCUACGAUGGCUACUACAAUGACGACCGCGACUUCCGGUGGUACUACUGCCGCAGCACCCACAGCUGCCACGACAACCUCAGCCGAGAAAAUCCAACCCACAUUCAGCGCAUCCACAUCCGCGCCCGCCUCAAUCAAGACCCUCCUCCCCGUCGCCACGCCAGGCCCAAACACAAACCCCAACACCAACGCCAACGGACCGACAACAUCCUGCCCGGGCUCCGACGGAACAACCUUCGUCCUCUCCGGCUCGACCUUCAAAAUCGCCUGCGACAGCUCCCUCAGCGGACCAAGCAUCAAGCCCAUGUCUGUCAGCACGAAGCCUUCGUUCAACGACUGCAUCGCCGACUGCGCGAGCAUGAAUUUCUUCCAGAGCCGUACCGACAUCAAUGCGGUUUACACCCUCGCCGCGAUCAACGGGAACGCGGCCGGCUCGUGUUUGUGCGUGGGCGGCUUAGGCGCGAACGUCACGAGGACAUUGGGGAAUAUGCCCGGGAGCGAUGUCGCGCUGAUUCAGUAG